GGAGAGGAGGGAGGAGCAGAGGAGGCAGUGCUGGAGGUGUCUCCCUCUCCUCAGACGGAGACGCAGAGCGGCUACGCGCAGGCUGGGCGCUAUAAGCGCGCGGAGAUGCUGCGCGCGGACAGAGGCGUCUGUGCGCACGUGAGUAUGGCAGCAGCGGCGCGGAGCUGUGACUGAAACCGGGAACCGUGAGGCGGGAAAAGUCCCGCGCAGACGCGUCGGCAUGCUUCACCCGGACACCCGCGCGCCCGAAGGUGGCGUCGCGCGCAGCUCUGACACCCGCGCGUGACGCUGAAUGGACCCGAUGCGACUCGUCGACCCCCGGCACCUCCCGCAACUGAUGCCCCUGGAGGACCGGGAUCCCACCGCGGCGACGGGCACCCUGGGGCCCCGCAACUCCACGCCGGCCGCGGGAGGAGGUGCCCCGCAGCAUCACGCCGUGCCCUGGGUGGCCACCCUGCUGGCCGGCGUCCUCAUCGCGACCAUCGUGGUGGAUGUUAUCGGGAACCUGCUGGUCAUCGUGUCCGUGUUCAGGAACAGGAAGCUGAGGAAAGCAGGAAACGCCUUCGUUGUGAGCUUGGCCUUCGCUGACUUGGUGGUUGCCAUCUAUCCCUACCCGCUGGUGCUCACUGCCAUUUUCAACGACGGUUGGAUCGCCGGCUACAUCCACUGUCAGAUCAGUGGCUUCCUCAUGGGCCUCAGCGUCAUUGGCUCCAUCUUUAACAUCACGGGUAUCGCCAUCAACCGCUACUGCUACAUCUGCCACAGCCUCAAGUACGACAAGCUCUUCUCCAACAGCAACACCAUGUGCUACGUCGUGCUCGUCUGGGCGCUCACCAUCCUCGCCAUCGUCCCCAACUGGUUUGUGGAGUCGCUGCAGUACGACCCACGGGUUUACUCCUGCACCUUCGCCCAGUCCGUCAGUUCACUGUACACCAUCGCCGUGGUGGUGGUGCACUUCAUCUUGCCCAUUGGCAUUGUCAGCUACUGCUACCUGCGUAUCUGGAUUCUGGUCAUCCAGGUGAGGCGGCGGGUCAAGCCAGACUCGAGACCUAAAAUCAAGCCACACGACCUCCGCAACUUCCUCACUAUGUUUGUGGUGUUCGUGCUCUUCGCUGUCUGCUGGGCGCCGCUGAACCUGAUUGGCCUGGCGGUGGCGGUGGACUCCACGCUGGGCCGUGCCAUCCCGGAGUGGCUGUUCACAGCCAGCUACUUCAUGGCGUAUUUUAACAGCUGCCUCAAUGCCGUCGUCUACGGCGUCCUGAACCAUAACUUCAGGAAGGAGUACAAGAGGAUCGUCCUCAUCAUCUUCAAGUUCCACUGCUGA